AUGCCCACGCGUAGCCAGGAGCAGCGGAACCUGGAGCGGCACUCCCAGGACCAGGUGAACCAGAAGGUGAGUGAGUUGGUUCAGUUCCUGCUCGUGAAGGACCAGAAGAAGAUUCCCAUCAAGAGAGCAGAUAUGCUGAAGAAAGUCAGCCGGGAGUACAAGGAUGUUUACUCGGAGAUCAUCAACCAGGCGGGCAGGACCCUGCAGCAGGUGUUUGGGCUGCAGCUGGUGGAGAUUGACACCAAACACCACAUGUACAUCCUCAUCAACAACCUGCCCCACACCGAGGGAGUGCACCUGUGCAGUGACAACCAGACAGCGAAGUUGGGGCUCCUCAUCGUCAUCCUCAGCUUCAUCUUCAUGAAGGGCAACUCAGCCAAAGAUG